GUUAUCGGCAGGUUGCGGCCUGUGGAAUAGGGUUUACCGGCAAGCAGUGGGGAAGGGAAUAAACGCCUCGCCGCCUCUUUCUCAUUUUCGCUUUCCCUUCUCAAGUCCCGCUGGGAAAAGAGCGUGCUAUGUCUUGUGACCGGGGGCUCGUCCGGCACUUCCUGGAGAUAUAAGAAAGCUGAAGGUCAGAGCCAAACAGAGUUCAGGCCAUGAGUGCAGAUGCCAAUCAGGGGGUGGUGACGACCCCUCCCCAGCCCUCCGUGGGCCACAAGGAGAGGUACUUCGACCGCAUCGAUGAGAACGACCCGGAGUACCUCCGCGCCCGAAACAUGUCGCCGGACCUGAGGCAGGACUACAACAUGAUGGACCAGAAGAAACGGGUCACCCAGAUCCUGCGGAGUCCGGCGUUCAGGGAGGAGCUGGAGGGGCUGAUCCAGGAGCAGAAGCGGAAGGGGAACGACCCCGCCGGCCUGCUGGCCCUGCGGCAGAUCGCUGACUUCUUCACGGCCAGCGCCAUCCCCGGCUGCUCUGCCCCCUCCGCUGGCCUGGGGAUGGUCUGUCCCAUUAAUGACAUGUUUGGGGUGGAGCUGUCCUCCCUGGUCAAAGGGGAGCGGCAGACACGCUGCAAGCUGGCCAGCCUGUACAGACUGGUGGACCUGUUCGGCUGGGCACACUUCUCCAGCUCCUACAUCACGGUCCGAGUCACUAAAGAACAGGACCAUAUUCUCAUCAUUCCUCGAGGCUUGUCUUUUUCUGAAGCCACAGCAGCAAAUCUGGUGAAGGUGAACAUCCUGGGGGAUGUGGUGGAACAGGGCUCCACCGGCCUGGACAUCGACGCCUUCGGGUUCAGCCCCCACUCGGCUGUCUACUCCAUACGUCCGGACGUGCGAUGCGUCGUCCACGUGCACACCCCCGCCACGGCCGCCGUGUCCUCCAUGAAGUGCGGACUCCUCCCCAUCUCGCAAGAAGCCCUGAUUCUGGGCAACAUCGCCUACUACAACUACCAGGGCUCGCUGGAGGACCAGGAGCACAGGCUAGAGCUGCAGAAGGCGCUGGGCCCAUCCACCAAGGUGCUGGUGCUCAGGAACCACGGAGUGCUCGCUCUGGGAGAGACCGUGGAAGAGGCCUUUCACUACAUCUACAACGCCCAGCUGGCCUGCUCAAUCCAGGUGAACGCGUUGUCUUCUGCUGGAGGAGUGGAUAACCUGAUAGUGCUGGACCGGGAGAAGUUCAAGCCGGUGACCCAGGACGUGGCCCUGGCAGGAGUGAACAUGGGCGGCCAGCACAAGUGGAAAAUUGGGGAGUUGGAGUUCGAGUCCCUCAUGAGAAUGCUGGACAACCUGGGAUACCGGACGGGGUACGCCUACAGACACCCCAUCGUGCGGGAGAAGCCUCGGCACAGGAGCGAGGUGGAGAUCCCGGCCACGGUCACGGCCUUCACGCUGGAGGACGAGGAGGCCGCCCCGCGCUCGCCCUUCAAGUUCCUGGCCCAGAGGCAGCAGAGAGAGAAGACCCUGUGGCUCAACUCCCCCAACAGCUACACCAAGGUCAACGUGCCAGAGCCCUCCCACAACGGGGAGGCCAGCCCCAGGACCAAAACCACGUGGAUGAAGGCAGAGGACUUGGGCGUCACCAGCGGCACCCCAAUCAGAAUCGAGGACCCCAAUCAGUUUGUGCCUCUGAACACCAACCCCAGUGAAGUCCUAGAGAGGAGGAAUAGGAUCAGAGAGCAGAACCGGUUUGACCUGAUGACAGCCGGGCCGCGGUCGCAGGUUCUCGCCGGCAUCGUCGUGGACAAACCAGCACCGCCCUACGUGAUGUCCGAAGAGGACCAGAUGGAACCUCUACCCCCCAACCCCUUCAGCGAGCUGUCAGAGAAAGAGCUGGAGAACUACAAGCAGAGGGUGGAGCGCCAGGAGCUCGGGAUCGAGGAUGAGGAACAGGAGCUAACAUCCGAGGAUGGCUCCACCCUCUCACAGUCUGUGUCUCAGACACAGUCUCCACAAAUAACUCCAGCUGCAGAAGAAAACCACGCCGACGUCUUCCUGAACGGGAAGGACUUCCUGCAGGACGUGGGCGAGGACCUGAGCAAGCGCUUCAGUCAGCUGACCACCAGCACGGCCGAGAGCCUGGAGCUGACUGUCCCGCCUGGCGAGCAGAUCGAGGAGCCAGUCAGCCCCGAGGGCUCCCCCUCCAAGUCCCCCAGCAAGAAGAAGAAGCUCUUCCGCACCCCCUCCUUCCUCAAAAAGAACAAAAAGAAGGAGAAAGUCGAGGCCUAAAAGGCCCCCUUAAAAAACACGAUUUAAUCAAGGACUUGCACAUCUCAGAGAGAGGGGUUUGGUUACAGUCGAGAAAUUAAAAUUCUUGAGCCAAAAAUACGGUUGAAGUAGGUCCUGGAGAACUGGCUCUUUCCACAGCAUUUGCAGUUACUUCUGCCAAGGCUUGAUCAUGAAAUAUGAAACACCCUUUUUAUUAUUUCAUUUUAAUUUUCUUAAUGUCGGUGGGUAGCACAUUGAUCAUUUGUAUUUCAACUGCACAAAAGAGGGUGUCGCUAAAUGUUACCACGUACAAUUCCCCAUUUUUAAUCCGAUGCCGUUUCUCAUGUUAAGGUUUCGGGUCACUUUAGAUAUUUUUGCUGAAAUAAUUUCUGAAUCCCGAUUGAAUACUUUGUUUAGCGGAAGUGAUUGCCGGACACUUCACAAGAAAGAAACGGGGCGAGUGGAAGGUUCUGGAAGGACUCAGAUUGAUGAGUGAGCUCAUUCAGGCCUUCACGGGUCUGCCUGUUAAGUGGCCGCACUUUGAUUUUUAGAUGAGCUACUCCUUCCUCUGUCAUUGUUCAGUUCCGAGCCUUUUCUUCAAAGGACACUUUGCAUCCAUUUUAACAGCACGAGUGAAAAGGAGCAUGGUAUGAUGGGUAAUGAGGUCCAUAAAUGCCACCUGUUUUAAUGUUUAAGAUAAGAAUAUCGUCAUCUCAUGAAACCUUUUUUAUGAUUAAUUCAGACUUAAAUGUUAGUCCAAUCAGUUUUUUAAGUCCUUUUUUUAUACUUUUGAAGAGAACGCAAAUGUAAAAUGUGUUUUGCUUUACGUCUUGAUGAAUUAGUGAAGCCACGUGUCUAAAAUGGUAUAACUACAUGCAUUGUAUUUCAGAUUAAUUGGAACCUAUUUUAAUAACACAUGUACGAACUGGAUUAAGUGAAUAACACUUUAUUUUACAUUGCUGCACUUUUCUUGGUAUGUAAUGAAGCCUAUGUAUGGAUAUGUCAGCAAAUGAAGGCAGAUGUUUCAGGAAAGGAACUGAAGACUGAAAUAGACUGUAGAGCAUGAUAUUCUCUUAGAUUUUCAAAGAUGAGUUGACAGUUUUCACUUGAAAUAUAUCCAUCUAGGCAAUAUAGGAGGAAGAGAGGAGUUUUAAAAGUUACUUUUAUAGUUUAAAUGAAAGGUCAUUUAGAGUGAAAUAUUUGGCACAAGUCAUUUCUGAGUUUGAAACUUACUGGAUACCCUUUUCAUUUUGACAGUAAAAUUUCCUCUGCCCAUAUUUCAGCUGAAAGAAAUGUGGGCAUUAAUGACAAAGCUCCCAACUUUGUGCAAACCACUGUUUUGCAAUUUCCUCUAAAUAUAUUAUUUCUUCAAAGACACUUUUGGCCAGUUCUAGAAGAAAGAUGGGUCUAACUUUUGACUGAGAAAUUGUUUUUGUUUUUCUUGUUUUUUUUUUUUGAUCUGGCAAGGUCAUUUGUCACUGCAGUAAACCAUUCUCAUAUGUGCAGAAGUUGUUUGAUAACAGCAAAAUCUCUCUUGAGAAAACAAGAGUAAGAUGAAUGGUUCUAACAAGGUUUUGGUAGAUCUUUGAGCCACAGGAGAAUAAUUUGUGUUUGAAAAGGGCAUGCAUACCUCAAACUUUAAAUGGAUCUGUGAAUAUGAUUUUGAUGUCUUGCUGAAGAGUUAAAAGUUAAGGGAGAAAAGUUAUGCAGGCAUUUUUUAAUAUAAGAAUAUUAUUUUGCAUUCUACAAGAUUGAUUCUGGUCACACAAGCUGAACUUCAUAACACAAAAAUUUCCAAUUUCACAAAAAAAGUAUUCCAUCAUCAUCUUAUCCUCCAUUCUUAGCACGAUACCGAGAACCAUAUAAAUAUCAACUCUCAAAGGCCAUAAAAAUACUGUAGGUGUUUUUGUCUUGUAGAACAUUUAUCCCCUUGCUGCUGUUCUAUCCAUCUCGAAACCUGGAUAUGCUGGUCUGUUUUGUAAUGUACCCUGCACACUUUUACCAUUCAACAUUCUACUUAUUUUUGCUUCAUUUUCAGUGCCAUUUCCAUUUUAUUUUUGUAACCGAGUAUGUCUGAAGUAAGAAAUUGAUCAUGAACAAAUUCAAAGAAAGCAUUAACAAAUUUUUGUGCAUUCCAAACGGUAAGAAGCGGAUACUAAUAUCCCGGCUAGCAAUGUGAAUUUUUAUUGCUUUGAUGCAGAGAGAGGCACAUUAAAACAUUGUAAAUAGUAUGUGAGGUUGUUGGGUUGUCGCUGGACAAGUGCGUGAGCUUUAAAAAGUAACGAACCCCACACUAACUCGUACUGGAACGGUUUCCCGCCUGUAAUAUUGUGUUUUAACCCUGUACAUUUUCAUGCAUCUUUUUCUUUUGAAAUAUAAUUAACUUUUUUUCCUGAUUUUCAUCAUGUGUAUUACGAUACAUUUUGAAAAAAAGGAUUUGCUUAGCACUACGCUUUUUAUUUUAUUUUUUAGGAGCAUAACUCGAUCUAAAAUGUUAUGCGUUGCUGUGUUUUCGCUGCACCUUCCUUUACUAAUGCCACCAUUUUGUAUGUUUAAACUGCUUUGGCUUCCGAAUUUGAGCCAAACUAAUCUGUGACCUGUGGAAACUAUAAAUGCUCAUCUACUGGAUUUUCUUCUAGAUGUAUCUCUAAUCAGUGUAAAUUCACAAAUAAAACAUUAUUUUGAGGAAUUAUUGCUAUUUUUUAAGUCUGAAAUGUAAGGCUCUGUCAAAUUAAGCCAGAGUAAAAAUAAAAAGAAUUGUACUUUUGAGUUUGUUUUUGCAUUCACUGUUUUGUUCGCUGGUCUCUUUAAUGUUCUGCCAAUGGCUUCUCACUAACAUGUUCUUUCUCUCUUUUAGUUUUCCAUGCGCUUGAAGGCAUUGUGGGUUUUUUGAGUCACCAGAAAUUCAUUUUCUUCCCACUUCAAUACAUAGCACCCACCACGCAUUUACACCUUUGAAAAUCAUUUCAAAUAUCUCCCUCAAAAUAAUUUCACUUUCUUCCAAUUUAAAAAAACUUUUUCAAGAAAAUAUGCUUAAAUGUGAAUAUUGCCCCCUGUUUCAUGGUGUGGAAUCUUGUGUGCAUUUCAGUGGUCCACACAGCACAAUGAAAAUGCCCUUGUGCUGAGAAUGAAUUCAAAAGCCCACUUAUCUUAGUUCUUCCAAUUUUCUUUAAAUAGCGGUUCCAGGAGGACAGAGUCAUUUAUAGACCCAUAGAUAUUGCUUUAUUCUUUAAUAUGCCACUCUAAGGCAUGUUGAUGAUGUAAUGCUAUAUGUGCCUGCUUAUUGUUUUGCAUUUAAAUAGUGUAUUUGAAAAAUAAAGCAGGCACGCGUUUUCUGCAAAACCAAGGAUAAAAUGUUGUGCAAUUCUUUGAUUUCUCACCACUAAAAUCAGGCUUUAGAUAAGUACCAGGCAUGCCUUUUGUUUUACCACAUUUCAACCAGAAUCACUUCUGUCAUUUAUCUCAUUUUGGUUCUGUAGGCCACCUAACCUGUGUCGCUGCUUUUGCAGUGAGUGUAACUUAAGCAGACAUUUAAGGACACAGGCAAGCAGACUAAAUACCAAUGUUUACUUUGCAUGGAAUGCCUGAUGUUAUCAGCCCAGAUCUCUGAUCUAAACCAAUCAUGGUCUCAAGUCUACAGUGUGACCAACCUUUGUUUCAUUUUCACCAUUUUAUUUUCCACACUUUAAAUACCUGUGAUACUCGGCAAGGUCUAAUGGACUUGUGUGUAGCUAGAAUACUUCUAGGCACAAGCAGGUACAUUUUACUGACACUUUAAUUCAAUUAGCCACAGUUUUUAGCUUGUUGAAAAUCAAACUUUUUCUUUUUUUUAAGUUAGUCAUGGGAAGUUCAAAGCUGUGUGGAGAAAAAAAAAAAAAAAAAACCCUUACUGAUAUUGUUGGUGCUCUUCCAUGUUGCCAAAGACAAUGGGCCUCAUGCAAGAACAUUUUUGUAUUAUCAUAUUCUCUUACUUUUUUCAAACAAAGGGCUGAGUGUGCCACGUUGGAUUCAACAAACGCACCUAAUAGACCACUAAAUUACGUUGUCCAUUCUAAUACAGUGUGGACGGUACUGUAGAUGGAUUCCGUCGGGUAGGUGGCAAGAACAAGGGGUGACCAGUUUGCUUUGACUGCUGUUCCUUUGUUUUUGGCAAAACAUAUUAUUGCGAUCCUUUGAUAUACUUUGUCUUUUUUCUCCUAAACGCUCCCCUAAAAUUUGUUUCUGAAAACAUCUGAGGCAAGAAUUUAGGCUAGUUUGAAAGUUUGAUCUGUGUUCUGUGUGCCAGGUGAGCUGCACUGACUUGCACUGCAAGGCUCUUGUUUACAUGACUCGUACGACAGGUCAGGACGACUGGAUAAUGUUCCUACCUGAGGAAAAAUUAUAAAUAAACUGGUGAAUGUGCAGAGUUCUCUUAAAUCACUUGUUUAAGAGAUUUUAGCGAUUUAGGAACAAAUCUGUUUGUACGAGUGGUUCUUGCAUGAGGCCCGUUGAUUCCCUUUCUAUAGCAUUGCGAUCUGGAAGUGAAUGUAAUUUGCUAUUUAUGUGUGAAAUAAGUGGUUGCGUACAGAAAUCUCUGGCCCCUGAAAUAGGGCGGGGGUUUCAUUUUAUGGCACUGCUUCCCUGAAAUAAUAAUGAUGUUGUUGUUGUGCCUUGAUGCAAAUUCUGCUGAUGCAGUACAUGAAAUAUGCAAGUGGUGCAUCAGGAAUAUAGCAUGCCUCAUGUUCUUACAGACAGGUUUGGUUCCAGUGUUUAAAACGUGAUCUCUUCUGGUUUCUUAUUGUAUAAAAACCAACCCUGUGCUAUGCUAAUAGUGCAGUUGCCUUUAAACCCUGUUUCAUUUCUAUGACAGGUUCUGUUUGCAGGCUUGAACAUAAAUCAGCUGUCUAGAUUAUUUACCAUAAGAAAAAUAUCUAUUUUAUGGCAGAGCAAUUGAAUGACACUUUAUUGUGGCACUAUGUAUAGCAAUUGCCUUGCUUAAAACAUUAAAUGUGUAUGAAGACA